GUCCGGCUGGAGAAGAAAAGCUUUCUUGAGCGUCCUCCUGUCUGUGUCGCUCCCAGAAGCUCUUCGCCGCCGGCUGCAUCCCCGCCGCCCGUCGCCGCCCUAAACCAAACCAAGAUCUGACCCCUGCCCAGGCCCUUCUGCUUCCGCUCCCGCUCCAUGGAGGAGGCGGAGAAAGGGGAGCUCUUGGAGAGGAACACCAAGCCGAGGCUGGACAGCCAUCCGGGGCCAAUGGUCGGCCUGCCCCUGCUCACCGACGACCUCAUCCUGGAGAUCCUCUCCCGCCUCCCCGUCAGAUCCCUCCACCGCUUUAAGUGCGUCUCCGUGUCCUGGCGCGACCUCAUCACUGACCCCGCCAACCGCAAGAAGCUACCCCAGACUCUCGCUGGCUUCUUCUACAUGACCAUCAACAACAGGAUCGGCCACCACUUCGCCAGUGUCUCGGGGGACAGCGCAGCCCCGUUCAACCUUUCCAUCCCUUACCUGCACAGUAACAAGUACGGCGGCAUCACCCAGUUGGACGCCUGCAAUGGCCUCCUUCUCUACUGUGGCUUCAAGAAGAAGAUGGAGAGUUGGGAUGAUUUCUGUUUUCUAGUGUGCAAUCCCGCCACUGGGAGGUGGGUGGAACUGCCCCCUAGGCCGCCUGUGCCCGCAAGCAGAUAUUGCUGUACCACAAGUCUUGCUUUUGAUACGGCAGUCUCAUCCCAUUUCAACGUUCUUCACUUUGAGCAGACCGUUCCGGGAGCUUACAUCACAGGAGUGAACAUCUACUCGUCGCGGACAGGAGCGUGGAGAUUCAGGAGUGGUAGGAUGGUUGAGAAAGUGGUGCCGCUCCAUAGUAAAUGUGUCUUCGUCGGCGGUAUGAUGUAUUUGAUUGGCAACCUGAUGGGCUUCAACAAGUACGUGCUGAUGGUGGUGGACGCGGAGGGGGAAGUGUGGAAGACUAUCCCUGUGCAGUACGGCCGAAGAUCUUCCACGAUUGGAGUGUCGCAGGGGUGCUUACACUAUGUUGUAGCUUCAACGAUUUCAGUCAAUGAUAGUAAUGAAAUCCUAGGUUCUGGGAUAACACUUUGGUGCCUCAAGGAUCAUGACAGUAAAGAAUUGGUUCUGAAGCGUUCUGCCAACAUCAAUGGGCUUAUGGGCAUGAUUGGGGAGAAGUACAGGGUGGCUGAGAUUCAUCCAGAUUGUGACACCGUUUUCUUGAUGUCAUCUGGAGGUGAUACCUUGGUAGCGUAUGACAUGCAACAUCAGAAAGUUGAUUGUAUCCUUAAUCUUGAGAAAGGCAUUACAAAACCAAAACGGUUUCUACCCUAUGUUCCUCUGUUCUCAGAGUCAUGCAGAUGGGCAGUAGCUUUACCUCAAGCCACGCCAGUGCUUCCUCCAAGAACCGUCUCUUCUUUUGGCUGAACAAUUUGUCUGUGCACAUUGGAAUCUGCUUCAAUCAUGCCACUGAAUUUCCAAAGAACAAUGUUACUCUUGGCCUGUUUUGCCUAGCUAGCACUGGUUGUUGUUCUGGGCAUGUGUUAGUCGUUCCAUGUGGCUAAAUUCUACUGUAAUUGCUCUUCCUUUCCAUAACAAUCAGUUUAUUAUGGUUAUCCUAAAUUUUGUUGCAGAUUGUGAACCUGCUAGUGUUGUGAAAGGGUCAAUCAGACUGGUUACUAUUGAAAAUGUCUAGUUGACAUUAUUCAUUCAGUAUUUUCAUAAAA